AUGAGCAAAGAGAAAAGGCAGAGAGUAAAGUACCUGCUUCUAGCUGUCACAGGUAUAAUCAAGCUUUAUCUGAGAGCAUCAGAUGUAUCUAAAUUGAGUGCAAAUCAGUCUAUCAUAUUAGAGUGUGCUGAGUGCACCAUGGCGAAUAGCAUGGAUACUUCUGUAGCAAAAAAUCUAAAAGCUAGAGACAAGAAUAUGCUCUGUGACGUUGCUGUGCCGCGUCCAGUGGACAGCGAAUGCAGUGGCCAUGCAUAUCAAAGGGUAAGUGUGUGCGCAGCAUCAGAUGGCUUUGCACUGGAAAUGCAUAGAUCCAAGAGAAAUGUGGCCUGUGUCUGUGUGGCAGAAAAAAGAACAGAACUUAAAAAUAAAGCACCGCAUAUAGAACUAGAUAAGCAAGCUCUAGAAAAAGCAAAAGAGAACUAUAGAAAAGGGCUGGCGCAGCUGCAGAUAGCAAAGAGCAAAAAAGACUCUGCUGCUCAGCUAUAUCACGACCGCAAGAGAGAAUCAAGGGAUAUGGCGUGGGUACUGAAUGGCUACAUAAAAACAUGCCCUGGGAGGUGGAAAGAGGUAGACUCUGCGCUAAACACAACAGACGAGUACUAUACGCGAAUUCUUACCCGAUCAAACUCAGAGUAUGAGAUGCUGAUGAAACCAGCUGAGCCGCUUCUCUUAGCGCUAGAUGUGUUGGAAAGCGCGAUGAAAGAGGGGCGCAGAGCAUACAAAGAGCAGAAAAGCAGACUGAAAGAGGCUUGCAAAGCGAGAAAGUGCUAUGCAGAAUACCUUGCACUUCGAGUAGAGACGCAGAAGAAAUAUAGAGCUGUGAUCGAAAAAGAAAUAGCUUUUUUCAAGUCUCUGCACGCAAAGGAAAAGCUGCUGCACUCGCUGAGACAAGCCGAGCCAGAUGAUUUUGAGGAGCUGGGCACAGUAGUAAGAGCGCAUUCUAAAACUGUAGAAUAUAUAGACAAGGUGAUCCGUAUGAAAAACAAAGUGUGGGCUCUCCAGGGACGGCGUGUGCUUAAGACAGCAGAGAUAAGAGAUGCAUACCUAGCUCACUGCGCAGCAGAAGAAGAUUAUAGAGAACAGUGGGCAGCUGCGUCCAUGGCGCAGCACGCCUUGCACAGAGAAAUAGAGGCGGCAGAGACACACGACAGAAGUACGCAUGCUAUGCAGCUAGAGUGGCUGGAUGCCAGGCCAUCUGAGUCGUUUGUGUAG